AUGGCUGCUUCUUCAAAGAAACCUUCGUGCACUCUCGAUGAUGGCAAUUCAAUUUGUUUGAAUAGCGAGGCUCUUCUUUUGUUGCAUCAGAUUUUUCUGGAAGGUUUAACUGCUAGAUUAGAGAGUAGUCCUCCAUUGGUUUUAGGUGAUUUAUUAUUGACCAUGCUUCUUCCUAAGUUAAAUAUUUACCAGGAAUAUGUCCGGAACCAUCACUAUUCCUUACAAGUACUAACUGAAUGUAUGAAAAUCCAACCAUUUGCCGCAUAUUUGAAAAUAUUAGAAUCCAAGCCAAUGUGUAAAUGCAGAUCUUUGGAGACGUUUUUGAAUUAUCCUAUGCAAAGUGUUCCAAGAUACAUAAGAACCCUUCGCGAACUUCUGGCUCACACUCCACUUGAACAUGUCGAAAGAAAAACAUUAGAAGCAGUAUUAGCUCAACUUGAGAAUUUAUCUAAACAAAUACACGAUGAAGUCUCAGAAACCGAAAACCUUCGGAAAAAUUUGGCUGUAGAACGAAUGAUUGUUGAAGGUUGCGACAUUUUAUUAGACGUCGAGCAAACUUUUGUGAGAAAAGGUGAUUUAAUACAAAUUUUGAUUGAAAAGCCAAAAGAAAGAGUCACCUUUAAAAAAAUUGAAUCAUUUCGUCGGUCAGAUAAAGACGUUGCGAGAGAGUGCUUUUUGUUUAGUUACCAUUUGAUUGUCACUACCAGUUUUAAUAUCAAAACCUUGGACACUAAUCGUUUUCUCAUUUCAGACAGACCAUGCGAAUCUGCUUCCUCGGUGACAACUGAACAAGAUACUUCUUACCAGGGUCGAGAUUUUAAAGUUGUUGUUCUAUGCAGUAAAAAUUUGGUGACCCCGGUGGUAAUUCACUUUGUGGCUCCUACAUUAAGCGACAAAGCAGCAUGGAUUUCUGAUUUAGCUAAUUGCAUGAAUAAUGCCCAAUUUAGAGAAAUUUGUAAGCCGUUGAUGGCGAAUACUAGCUCAAUUAAUCUUCCUUAA